UCUCAGUGCGGGUGGGUGAAACAGGCAGAGCGGUCGGCCAUGUUGUUUGUGUGACAGAACUGUUGGCAACAGGUUUCCAGCGCUUCAGUUGGAAAAACAGUGCAGCUGUUUUAGUGGAAGAAGCAGCAGCGCCACAGGACGAAGCCGCACUGGAAGAGGAUUGUAUAGAGGGGGAUAUUAGUCCCGGGCCGGAGUGAGCGCGGGGGUUCGGGUGUAUAGUAUGCUGGAGCUCGCAAGCCGAGGCGAGAACAAGGACUGCUCUUAACUCCAACCCCCGACACCGCCACCUGCAGUCAUGAAUGGUGGCCGAAGUAUUUGGGCUAUAACUCCAGAGGAGAGAGAUAAGCAUGAUCAGAAAUUCGACACUCUCUCCCCAGCUCAGGGUUUUGUGUCUGGGGAGCAAGCACGAAAUUUUUUCCUCCAGUCAGGCCUUCCUUCUACAGUGUUGGCUGAAAUUUGGGCCCUGGCUGACAUGAACAAGGAUGGUAAAAUGGAUCGUCUGGAGUUUUCCAUUGCCAUGAAACUGAUUAAGAUGAAGCUGCAGGGUCAGAAUCUGCCCUCAGCUCUGCCUAUCAUCAUGAAGCAGCCACCAGUUCCAGCUCCCACUAUGCCAGUUACAUCACUCGGGAUCGGAUCCUUGGCAAAUAUGGUUCCCAUAAUACCCACUGUGCCUAUUCUCACCCCAAUAACCUCCACAUUGACCUCAUUUAACCCGAUACCAGCCACGACUCCCAUGAUGUCCGCUGGAUUGGCAAUGUCAGUGAUGCCAACCAUUAGCACUCCUGCUCUGCCCAACGGACCUGUAGGUGUCUUACAACCCACUCCUAUUUCUCUCCCUAACGCUCUGCCAUUGAACAGUUCUUUCACUCCUUCUCCUUUGGGAUUUUCGUCCGCUCCUGUGAACUCUAUUCUGGACCCUGGCACAAGCAGCUCCAACUCCUCUUCCACCACUUCUUUAACCAGCAACUCUCCUAAAGCUGGCCCUGUGGACUGGGCAGUUCCGCAGUCAGCCCGGCUUAAAUACAGACAGCAGUUCAACAGCCUGGAUAAGCAGAUGCUUGGCUACCUUUCAGGCCAGCAAGUGAGAAAUGCAAUGGCUUCAACACUACUGACUCAGUCGCAGCUGGCCACUAUCUGGAACCUGGCAGAUAUGGAUAAGGACGGUAAACUGAAGGCUGAAGAGUUUAUUUUAGCUAUGCACCUAGUGGAUAUAGCCAAGCAAGGACAGCCCUUACCUAUCACACUUCCUGUGGAUCUGGUACCUCCAUCGCUUAGAGGCAAAGGGAAGGAUUCCUUGAAUGAGACUGCCAGUCCAUCCAUCUAUGCAGGACUGGCUGAAAAGUUUACUGAGGCUGAGCCACCACAAAAAUCCAAGAACUUAACCUUCGAGGAUAAGUUUAAGCGAAACCUGGAGCUAGGAAACGCAGAGCUGGAGAAGCGGCGGCAGGCUUUGCUGGAGCAGCAGUGGCGGGAGGAGGAGAGACGAGCUCAGAAAGUCCGGGAGGAGCAGGAGAAGAGAGAGAGAGAGGCUCGUGAGCUGGAGCUCCGGAGAAAGAGGGAGGAGGAGCAGCGUCUGGAGCGUCAGAAGGAGCUUGAGAGGCAGAGAGAGGAGGAGAGACUCAGAGACCUGGAGAGAAAAGAGGCAGCUAAGAAGGAACUGGAACGUCAGCGGCAGCUGGAAUGGGAAAGGAGGAAAAAGCAAGAGCUCCAGAGCCAGAAGAGUCAGGAACAAGAAGACAUCAUCCUCCUCAAUGCCAAAAAGAGAAAUCUGGAGAUAGAACUCGAAGCUGUGGGCAACAAGCACAAACAAAUCUCUGACAAACUCCGGGACGCCCAGUUUAAAAGGAAAGUUCAGAAGAAUGAACUGGAGAGUAUGAACCAAAAGAGAGAGAGCCGCAUAAUUGAAAUGAACUCUUUACAACAGCAGUUUGAGGAGCUGCAGAGAAAGAUGGCACAGUUGACUCCAGAGCAACAGAAGCUGAAUGAAAAACUUCGUUGUCUAAAUCUGAACAACUUGUCCACUUCCAAAGUAACCACUUUACAGAAGAGUGUUACAGAGAAGGACCUCAGCUGUCGAAAGCUAAAAGAACAGCUUGAUGCUUUGGAGAAAGAUACAGCAACAAAACUGUCUAACAUGGAUCAGUAUAAGAAGGACAUACAGGAUCUCAGAGAGGCCCAAAGAAAUGAGCAGGUGGCUCUGGAGAAACUGUGUAGCAUCAAAGAAGACAAACUUUGUGAGCUAAAGAAACGCAAACAAGAGGAACUGGAAAGGAGGAAGAGGGAGGAAGAAGAACAGCGGCGCAUCAUGCAGGAGAAGGAGCAGCAGUGGCAGGAGAAGCUGAGGCGCGAUGAGGAGGAGAAACAAAGAAGAUUGCAGGAGGAGCGAGAGGCCAAGCUUCGAGAAGAGGAAGAAAGAGAGAGGCAGGCCCGUCUGCAGGCCGCUAAAGAUAAGGCAGAGAAGGAGAGCAGGGCGCGAGAGGAGGAGAGGAGGCUGAGGGAGGAAGAGGAGAGGAAACGGAAGGAGGAGGAGGAGUGUAAACUGAGAGAAGAGGAAGAGAGAAGAGAGCUGGAGAGGAGGAGAAUUGAGGAGGAGGACCGCAAGAAGCAAGAAGAGGAAAGAAGGAAAAUCGAAGAGGAGCGGAGGCAGCUGGAGGAGGAACGGAGGAAGCUUGUAGAGGAGAGGCGCCGACAGGAGGAGGAAAGAAGGGAAGAGGAGAGGAGGAGGCAGGAGAAUGAGCAGAGGAGAGUGGAGGAGUUGAAGCGAGAGGAGGAUAGAAAAAGGGAGAAGGAGGAAGAGGAGAGAAGGCGGCAUCGUGCACAGGAAGCGGCCAUCCGUGACGCAGAGGAGCGCAAGAGGAAGGAGGAAGAGAAAAGGAAGAAGGAGGAGGAAGACAGGAAAAGGCGAGAGGAGGAGAAAAAAAAACAAGAGGAAGAAAGGAGGAGAAAGCAGCAAGACGAGGAGUUGGCUGCUGCGGCAAGGCUGAAAGAAGAGCAGCAAAAUAAGCUCAGCAAUUCCAAAUCGGAUAUUGUCGCUGCUUUGCUCCGAGGACUGGAGGAGAGAAAAGGUAAUAGGCUGCCCCUACACAGAAAAUCAGCAGCUUUGACCAGAUUUAAUGCGCUGUACGCUUUCACGGCCAGGAACAAGGAUGAACUGUCCUUUGAAGCGGGAGAGAUAAUUGAGGUGGAUGAGACUAUUGAAAGAGAGGCAGGUUGGCUGUAUGGCAGUCACCAGGGAAAAGUGGGCUGGUUUCCUGAGUCCUAUGUUGAAAAGUCAAAGCCUGAGCCUCCCACUAAACCAGCCUCUAAACAUCAGUCCUCCCUCUCCAUCUCCAGCAAACUUAGUGAAGCUGUUGUUUCAAACUCUGCCUUUACCCCUACUAAUGCCCCAAUGACCACCACUUCUGAGCACAGCCAGGUUGUUGGGAAGCUUCUGGUUCAAGCCUUGUGUUCAUGGACGGCUAAAACAGAUAGCCACCUAAACUUCUCCAAGAAUGACGUGAUCACGGUUCUGGAGCAGCAAGAGAACUGGUGGCUUGGAGAGCUAAAUGGAAUGCAGGGCUGGUUCCCUAAAACCUACGUCACUGUCCUGAACAGCAGUGAUGUGUCCGCCGAUUCCACUGAUGGACUUGACUCAGCAGCUGCAGAUGGCUCUUCUCCUGAGGAAUAUGUAGCGCUCUAUACCUACGAAAGCCCUGAACCUGGAGAUUUGACCUUUAGAGAGGGAGACACCAUUCUGGUCACACAGAGAGAGGGGGAUUGGUGGAGAGGCAGCAUAGGAGACUGCUGUGGAAUUUUCCCAUCCAACUAUGUUAAACCCAAGGAAACUGAUACUUCAAGCCUUAAACCUGACUUGCCUGGAAAAAAGCCAGAGGUAGCCCAGGUGACCACCGCAUAUACUGCCUCCGGGACUGAGCAGUUGAAUUUGUCCCCUGGCCAGCUCAUCCUCAUCCUCAGUAAGAACCCCUCUGGCUGGUGGCUGGGUGAACUGCAGGUACGGGGUAAGAAGCGCCAGAAGGGCUGGUUUCCAUCAUCUCACAUUAAACAGUUAGGCUCAAACAGUGGCAAGACUACUCCAGCAGCCAUGCCAGUCUGCCAAGUCAUCGCCAUGUAUGAUUAUGCUUCGGCCAAAGAAGAUGAGCUCAGCUUCUCCAAGAGUCAACUCAUCAACGUGCUGGACAAGAAUGACCCUGACUGGUGGAAAGGAGAGGUCAAUGGGGUCACAGGCCUGUUUCCCACCAAUUAUGUGAAAAUGACUACCUCAGAUUCUGACCCUAGCCAGCAGUGGUGUGCUGAUUUGACCAGUUUGGACUCCAUGAGCCCUCAGGAGAAGAAACGCCAGGGUUACAUCCAUGAACUGAUUGAGACAGAAGAACGAUACAUGGAGGACCUUCAGCUGGUUCUGGAGGUGUUUCACAAGCCAAUGUCUGAGUCAGGACGGCUCACUGAAGCUGAGAUGAACAUGAUUUUUGUCAACUGGAAAGAGCUUAUUAUGUGCAACACCAAGCUGGUGAAGGCCCUUCGAGUAAGGAAGAAGACUGGAGGAGAAAAGAUGCCUGUUCAGAUGGUGGGUGACAUCCUGGCUGCAGAACUCUCUCACAUGCAGGCCUACAUUAGAUUCUGCAGCUGCCAGCUAAAUGCCGCAGCAUUGCUGCAACAGAAGACUGACCAGGAACCAGAUUUUAAAGACUUUCUCAAGAAAAUUGCCACCGACUACCGCUGUAAAGGAAUGCCUUUGUCUAGCUUCUUGCUCAAGCCUAUGCAAAGAAUCACACGAUAUCCUCUUCACAUCAAAAAUAUCCUUGAGAGUACACCCGAUAGUCAUGUGGAUCAUUCUCAGUUGCGAGAGGCUCUGGAGAAGGCGGAGGAGCUGUGCUCUCAGGUGAACGAGGGAGUGCGUGAAAAGGAGAAUUCAGAUCGCCUGGAGUGGAUCCAGAAUCAUGUCCAGUGUGAGGGGAUCACAGAAAGCCUGGUAUUUAACUCUCUGACCAACUGCCUGGGUCCUCGAAAACUCCUGCACAGUGGGAAACUUUUCAAAACCAAAAGCAACAAGGAGCUCUACGCUUUCCUCUUCACCGACUUCCUGCUCUUCACCCAGGCUGUCAAACAGUUUACCUCCUCUGGCGCAGACAAGCUCUUCAGCCCAAAGUCCAGCACCCAGUACAGGAUAUACAAAUCACCUGUGUUCCUGAAUGAAGUCCUGGUAAAGAUGCCAUCCGACCCAUCCAGUGAUGAGCCUGUCUUCCACAUCUCUCACAUUGACAGGGUCUAUACCCUCAAGACAGAGAACAUCAAUGAGAGAACGGCAUGGGUUCAGAAGAUUAAAGCAGCUUCCGAGGAAUUUAUCGAGACGGAGAAAAAGAAACGAGAGAAGGCUUAUCAAGCUCGCUCAAUGAAAGCAAGUGGAAUUGGCCGGCUACUUGUCACAAUCCAGGAGGCCACAGAGCUUAAAUCCUCUAAACCAAGUGGAAAGAGCAAUCCAUAUUGUGAGGUGACCAUGGGUGCCCAGUGCUACACCUCACGCACCCUAAAUGACACAGUUAACCCUAAGUGGAAUUUUCAGUGCCAAUUUCACAUCAAGGACCUGUAUCAGGAUGUUCUGUGUAUCACCAUUUAUGAACGCGAGCAGUUUGCUCCUGAUGACUUCCUUGGUCGCACUGAGGUUCCAGUGGCCACUAUAAAGAAGGAGCUGGAGAAUAAAGGACCCGCCACCAGGAGGCUUCUGCUGCAUGAAGUGCCCACCGGAGAGGUGUGGGUCCGCCUCGACCUGCAGUUGUUUGAUGGGAAAGCCCAUAAAUAAGAUUAUUCAAGCUCAAAUAUCAGCCAGUUAAGCAGACCCAAGCUGCCCAGGUCCUCCAGGUCUUCCAUUGCCUUGUCUUACAAUUUACCCUCAACUACUGUGGAAUGGGCUAAUGAAUGUGUGACUGGAUUUUUCAGGACCUGUAAAACGAGUAUUGUUAACUAUGCCAAGAUUUGCUGUUUGAAGUUAUUUUGUAAGACUUAAAGUAAAGCAGUUUUGCCAGAAUAGUUUAACACUGGAUGUAGAGAUAUCUCAGGAUUUCUAUUUUGCUGUACUAGAAGCUGUAUUAUUUUUCCUAUUUCUUAAUUUCAUUUGAUCUGUUAAAAAUCUGUUUGCACUUGAUGUUAUACGAGGGAACACUUUCUUUGUUUAAUAAUGUUAGCUUUUUAAAUCUUAUACUGUAUAAUUUAUCUAUUGUAAUGUAGAAAAUUAUUUACAUCUACCAGUUAUUUUUUCUUAAUUUUUUUUGUUUAAAUAUAUUAGUUUAACAGCUACAAAAAGUUUUAAAUUGUAAUGGUACAAAUGAAGUGAUUACCCAUGAAUGACUCUAUUCACUGUUAAUUUUGUGAGUUUUAUUUAUUUUAACUUGAGUCUGACUAUCCACACUUUAGAAAAAGUCUUAUCUCUUUACGUCAGCAUUGGCACCACGUUUCCAUCUGCCUGAGACCUUUAAGCCACUGCGGUUCUAUAAAACUUUUUUUGGUUUGUUUAAACGUUUAGCUUUAUAGCUCUUUUUAAAUACCUUUCUGUGGGUAAAUUUUUUCUUUAUUUUUUUUUUGCCUGCUUGUAUCUGCUGUGGGUGGGCAGGCUUUGCUGUGAUUACAUAAGCAAAGCCCCUAACAAGCACAAAAAUAUGCAACAAAAAUCAGGGUUCUGAAGCAAAUAAAAUGUAUGUGAAAUGUA